CGUAUAAAGUUCUACCUCUAAAUUUGAACAUUAACCUUCUAAAGUUCUACCUCUAAAUUAGGGUAUCUGAUUUUCCCUCCAAAUCUGAAAUCAAUUUCAAUGGCGACCGAUUUAGCAAUCAACACAGACAGAACCCAGAAAUUCAUCGACGAUCUCGAAGCCCAAAAGACGAUUAUAUCAUCAUGUACUCAAUUAUUCACUACUCUAACCACUCAUUUCACUUCGUUACAACAAUCCCUAAUCUCAAAAUCCCAAAUCCUAGAUUCAAAUUUCCAAAUCCUACAAUCAAAAUCCGAUGAAACCCUAGAAUCCCUCUCUAAACGAGAAUCCUCCAUCCCACAACGCGAAUCAUCCGCCUCCGCUAAAGUGGAAGAACAGAAGGCUAAAGCUCUAGCAGAAUUUGAAAAUUCCCCCAAAUUUGACAAUUUGUCGGAGCAUUUGAAGUCAUGUUCGAGGAAAAUGGACGCUUCUGGGUUGUUGAAAUUUGUAAUUUCGAAGCGGAAAGAAUCUGUGGCUCUUCGGGCGGAGAUAUCCGCAGCGGUUAUGGAAGCUGUGGACCCGGCGAGGUUGGUUUUGGAGGCGGUGGAUGAGUUCGUGAAGAGUAAAAUUGAGAAAGUUGGGGUUACUGAUAAGAGAUGGGCGUGUGGAAUGCUUGUGCAGGUGCUGUUUCCUGAUGUGGGUUGCAGUAAUGGCUGCCAUUUUGAUGGGAAAGUUAGAAAAAGUCCGGCAUUUUCGCGGCCGGUUAUUGAGAGGGCUGGUAAGAUUUUGGAGAGAUGGAAAGAGGAGGAGGAGAAGGGUGGCCGGGAAGAUGGCGGCGGUGUUGAUGGGGGGAGUGCUGGGGGAGUUGUGGGGCCAGCGGAGGCGGUUAUGUUUUUGCAAAUGGUGGUUGUUUUUGGCUUGAAGUCUAGAUUUGAUGAGGAGUAUUUGAAGAAACUUGUGAUGGAUAAUGCGACGCGGAGGGAUAUGGCUAAACUUGCUGUGGCUGUUGGUUUUGGACGGAAAAUGGAAGAUAUGAUUGAUGAAUUGGUGAAAAAUGGGAAGGAGGUAGAGGCUGUGUAUUUUGCGUCUGAGGCAGGCUUGACCGAAAAAUAUCCUCCUGUUUCUCUGCUCAAGUCUUUCAUCAAGAACUUCAAAACGAAUGGAAAUGAUGACUCAAAUACGGAGGAGCUGAAUUCCAUCAAAGCGGUUAUAAAAUGUGUUGAAGAUCACAAGCUUGAACCUGAGCUCUCCCUCGAUAGCUUAAGAAAACGGGUUACUCGACUGGAGAAGACCAAAGCAGAGAGGAAGAAGAGUUCAGCAGCAGCUGCUUCUGCUGCUAAGUCUCAAAAUAAGAGACGAGCUAGUGCAAGCAGUGGCCGAGACCUGAGGCCACCUGCAUUUCGUCCGGGAAAAGCUGCUAAAUUUUCAAAUGCAUAUUCUCCUUUGGGCCGAAGGAAUCCCGCUUCAUUGCCACAGCAUAGCCCAGCUGCCAGAUAUUCCGGGCCAUACAACUAUCAUAGCCAGAGUGGAUACUCAACAACUCCUUUUACAGCAACAUAUCGUGUGGCUCACGCUCAAAGUCCGGCAGCAAUUCCUCAACAGCGCUAUUCAGUCUCAGUGGACAAUACCGGUGCCGCUGGUUUUCGAGCAAGUGGCUCUUAUGCGGGGCAGGCUACUUAUGGUACAUAUGAUUAUGGCACUGGUGCUGCUUCUACAUACCAACCUUCAUCAUAUACACAAUAGCACUCGUUUUGUAUUUUUCAGCUGGAGAAGCCAUAAAAUCUGUUUAACUCUAAGCUGGAUCUGAUAUAACCUUCAUGUUUAAAUUAAAGCUGCUAAUUCAUGUUACCGUGUCA